AACUGAGAGACGAUUGCCUUAACGCUCACCUUUUGAAAAUGGCCACUGAAGCCAAUGAGGUUCCCAACAUCCAUCGCAAACUCCACAGAUAUGGCUCUAUCUAUGAACCUCUUAAGCUCUCUUUACUGCACCGGGAGGAUGAGCCGCUAUGGGAGAAACUGGAUCGCUUCUAUGGUGCAGUUAAAACCACCAUCCUUAACUACCAGAGCCCUACCACAGGUCUGUUCCCAGUGAAGACCUGCUCUGACUGUAAGGAGGCCAAAGUGAGGGACUCUCUGUACUGUGCAGCCAGCGCCUGGGCUUUGGCUUUGGCCUACAGACGCAUUGACGAUGACAUGGGACGCACACACGAACUGGAACACUCAGCUAUCAAGUGUAUGAGGGGAAUCCUCUAUUGUUACAUGCGCCAGGCCAAAAAGGUGGAGCAAUUUAAGCAGGACCCAAACCCGUCCACGUGUUUGCACUCAGUCUUCAACGUGCACACAGGAGAUGAGGUGUACUCUCAUGAAGAGUACAGUCACCUGCAGAUUGAUGCUGUCUCUCUCUUCCUACUCUACCUGGUGGAGAUGAUUUGCUCUGGCCUACAGAUUAUCUAUAACACCGAUGAGGUGUCAUUCAUUCAGAACCUGGUGUUCUGUGUGGAGAGAGCCUAUCGUGUGCCUGACUUUGGCAUGUGGGAGAGAGGCAGUAAAUACAACAAUGGCAGUACUGAGCUUCACUCCAGUUCUGUUGGGUUGGCUAAAGCAGCAUUGGAGGCCAUUAAUGGAUUCAACCUAUUUGGAAAUCAGGGCUGUUCCUGGUCGGUGAUCUUUGUGGACCUGGAUGCUCACAACCGAAACAGACAGACCCUCUGUUCCCUUCUGCCCAGAGAGUCCAGAUCUCAUAAUACGGACGCUGCCCUCCUGCCCUGUAUCAGCUACCCAGCCUUCGCCGUGGAUGAUGAUGCUCUUUACAGCCAGACUCUGGACAAGAUAGUUCGCAAGCUGAAGGGCAAGUAUGGUUUUAAGCGCUUCCUGCGAGAUGGCUACAGAACCGCUAAUGAGGACAAGAACAGAAGAUACUACAAACCUGCUGAGAUGAAGCUCUUUGAUGGGAUUGAAUGUGAAUUUCCCAUAUUUUUCAUCUACAUGAUGAUUGAUGGGGUCUUUAGGGGAAACCCUGCCCAAGUCAAAGAGUACCAGAACCUGCUGGAGGCUGUCAUUUUCCAGUCCUUCGAUGGGCAUGCUGUUAUCCCUAAGUACUACUAUGUUCCAGCGGACUUUGUGGAGGCUGAGCAGAAAAAGCAAGGCAGCCAGAAGCGAUACCCUAGCAACUCGGGGCGUGAUGGCAUGUUUUUUCUCUGGGGCCAGGCUCUGUUUAACAUCGCCAAACUGCUGGUGGAUGGACUGAUAAGCCCGAAAGACAUCGACCCCAUCCGCCGCUACGUACCACGUGAGGACCAGAGGAAUGUCAGUAUGAGAUACUCCAACCAGGGCCCUAUUGAGAAUGACGUGGUGAUCCAUGUUGCCCUGAUUGCAGAGAGUCACAGGCUACAGGUCUUUCUGAGCACCUAUGGGAUCCAGACCCAGACACCCCAGCAGGUGGAGCCUAUUCAGAUCUGGCCUCAGAAAGAGCUGGUGAAGGCAUAUCGAUUCCUGGCCAUUAAUAAGAAACUAGGAUUGAGUGGACGUCCAGAGAGACCAGUAGGCUGCAUAGGAACCUGUAAGAUUUAUCGCAUUCUGGGGAAGACAGUCGUGUGCUACCCCAUUGUCUUUGAUCUCAGUGACUUCUACUUGUCACAGGAUGUCAUGCUACUGAUAGAUGACAUCAAGAAUGCGUUGCAGUUCAUUAAGCACAGCUGGAAAAUGCCCGGGCGGCCACUCUUUCUAGUGCUCAUCAGAGAGGAUAACAUUAAGGGGAGCCGCUUCAACCCAGUGUUGGACAUGUUAGCAUCAUUUAAGAAGGGCAGUCUUGGAGAAGUAAAGGUUCAUGUGGACAGACUGCAGACUUUGAUAUCUGGAGCUAUGGUGGAACAGCUGGAUUUUCUGCGUGUCAAUGAGGCUGAAAUUCCAGAGUUUAAGAGCUUUGAGGAGCUGGAGCUACCCAAACACUCAAAGGUGAAACGUCAGACCAGCACACCCAAUGUCUCUGACCUGGAGCAGCAGCCUGAGAUCGACAUCCAGAAGUGGAUUCAUAAACCCACUGAGGAGAUUCUGCAAAAGUUCAAUGAUUGCAAUUGCUUGGCCUCUCAGGCAGUGCUUGCUAAUAUUCUCCUCAGGAAGGAGGGACCUGACUUCUUUUCCAGAGAUGAGAACCUCAAAGAUGAGCUGGAGAGAAUCUAUAGACAAGCGGGCAGCAGGAAACUUUGGUCGGUUGUACGCCUUGCUGCCAGUCUCUUAACUAAGCUAGUGGACAGCCUUGCCCCGAGUAUUACUAGCAUAUUAGUACAUGGCAAGCAGGUAACGCUGGGGCUCUUUGGGCACGAGGAAGAGGUGAUCUCUAACCCACUGUCUCCAGCAGUCAUUAAGGAGAUCAUCUACAGCAAGUGCAGUCCGCAUGGGGAACGUGAGGCCGUUCUACAACAGGAGCUGGUCAUUCACAUUGGCUGGAUCUUAUCCAACAACCCAGAGCUCUUCAGCGGCAUGCUCAAAAUCCGCAUCGGGUGGAUCGUCAAGGCAAUGAGGCAAGAGUUGAAGGUUCGUGCUGGAGAUAUGCCCCCACAGGACAUUUACCAGAUGUCACCUAGUGAUGUCAAACAGCUGCUUCUGGACGUCCUCCAGCCACAGCAGACGGGCAGGACUUGGCUUAACAGGCGUCAGAUUGAUGGCUCCCUUAACCGUACUCCUCUGGGCUUUUAUGAUCGUGUAUGGCAAAUUUUGGAGAGGACACGUAAUGGCAUCACAGUCAGCGGAGAACAUCUCCCCCAGCAACCCACACUGUCAGACAUGACCAUGUAUGAGAUGAACUUCUCACUGCUGGUCGAGGACACGCUGAAAAACGUUGUGUUGCCCGAGUACAGGCAGAUCAUAGUGGAGCUACUGAUGGUUGUGUCAAUUGUGCUGGAGAGAAAUCCUGAACUGGAGUUUCAGGAGACAGUGGAUUUGGACCAACUGGUUAAAGAUGCCUUCAGUGACUUCAAGAGAGACCGCGGCCAUAUGGAGGGUAUUGAGAAGCAGGAUGACAUGGAGGCCUUCUAUAAUACCCCUCCUCUGGGGAAGAGAGGUACCUCCAGUUAUCUGACGAAAGCUGUGAUGAUUCAGCUGCUGCAGGGAGAUGUGAAGCCCAGCAAAGAUGACCCAUGUUCUGUCAGCUAAAACCAUCCAGCACAAUACAACCAGUAUUUCAUCAGUCACUUUGAACGCCUCUAUCCUACGCCAUAACCCCACGUUAUUUACCCCACCUUAGUCUGCUCUAUCUUUAUUUUUUAAUGUUUUUCGCUUUUCAGGUUAUUAAUCCUGCUAACAUAAUUGAACUCUGGCCAUGUGCCAUGUUCGCUGUAGUGACCUGGCUUUGAGUUAACGAGUGCUAGAUCCAAAUUUCACAAACACAUGUGUACUUGUUUUUUCUUAGGGUUACAAAGGCUGUUCAUUCUUCAUAUACUACAUCAGCCUAAUGUGUAUCUUUUUCCAUGUAUUGUGAACGACACUUAGCCUACUCCAGCCAGUUUUGCCUGAUAUUGGGGCCUUCUUACCAGAACACCUGUUUUCUCAUACCUUUGGCUCUUACAUGUCUGCAUGAAUUUGUCUCGUUCUGCAUGGCAUGACUUUGUUGUUGAUUAUACAGUGUGAUGGAUAGAUAUGUUUGAGUGCCAUCAUGUUGUGCACACAGGAAGAGAGGAGUGUUGAAGAGUCUUAGUAACAUAUUGUGCUUCUAUAUAUAUAUUUGUGUGUGUGUGGGUAUAUAUAGGCACAAUAUAUAGUGUAUGUGUCUUUAAUUUUCUGACAUUAAGGGUUUAUAUUAUUUUUCCUGUCUGUUUGCUGGCAGAAGGAAAGCAGAAAAAUUGACAGAUGCCUCUUGAUUAAUUUAUUCAUGUUUCUGCCAUCCAUGCCCAAGAUGCGAGUUUGAAUGCAUAUGUUCAGGUGCUCUUCCAGUUUCUGUGUGUCCUUUCAGAGGAUUUCUUUGCUUACUGGCCUUUAUUAAAUAAAGUGUUACCCUCUAACCCCACGAAAGUGCUUCAAUGAGAAUUCACCUACAAACAUCUGUUACAGUGAACCUCUGUCAUUCAGUGUGAGUGUACUGUAGAAUGUCUUGAAUACAUCAAAAUAAACUUGGAAACGGUUUUUCCCCAAA